AUGAAUUCCAAGGAAGAAAACGGAAGGAAUUUGAAGAUGCAAUACGGAGAAAUCGUCUUGCAGUUGGACAAUGGGUACGAUAUGCAAAAUGGGAACUUGAACAAAAAGAAUUUGCAAGACAGAGCACGGUCUAUCUUUGAAAGGGCACUGGAUGUAGAUGCAACAAAUGUGCCUUUAUGGCUUCAUUACAUAGAAAGCGAAAUCAAAUAUCGGAAUAUAAACCAUGCACGCAAUCUUUUUGAUCGUGUUGUUACAUUAUUACCAAGAGUUGAUAAGUUUUGGUUCAAAUAUGUGUAUAUGGAAGAAACACUUGGAAAUAUCUCAGGAACACGUCAAAUUUUUGAACGAUGGAUGUCAUGGGAACCAGAUGAAGCUGCUUGGUAUGCCUAUAUUCGUUUAGAAGAAAGAUAUAAAGAAAUAUCCCGUGCGAGAGCGAUCUUUGAACGAUUUCUAGCGUUAUAUCCAGAACCGAAAAAUUGGAUUAAGUGGGCACAUUUUGAGCAAGAAUAUGGAACUCCAGAUAAAGUUCGAGAAGUUUUUACAAAUGCAAUUGAUACAUUGGGGGAAGAAUUUAUGGAUGAAAAAAUUUUUAUUGCAUAUGGAAAAUUUGAAACAAAAUUAAAAGAAUACGAACGGGCCAGAGUAAUUUAUAGAUAUGCUUUAGAUCGGUUACCAAGAAGUAAAAGUGAAGCAUUAUACGAUGCGUAUAGCUCAUUUGAAAAACAAUUUGGUGAUAAAGAAGGUAUUGAAGAAACUAUAAUGGCUAAAAGAAGAGUUUUAUAUGAAGAACAAAUAAAAGAAAAUCCAAAAAAUUAUGAUGCAUGGUUUGAUUAUAUAAAUCUCGAAGAGUCUUCAAAUGAUCCAGAAAAAAUUCGAAAUAUUUACGAAAGAGCAAUUGUCCAUAUUCCACCAUCUAAUGAAAAAAAACAUUGGAGAAGAUAUAUAUAUAUUUGGAUAUUUUAUGCUCUUUAUGAAGAAUUAGAAACAAAGGAUUAUGAACGUUGUAGACAAGUCUAUAAAGAAUGCUUAAAAUUAAUUCCACAUAAAUCUUUUACUUUUGCUAAAAUAUGGGUGUUAUAUGCUAAAUUUGAAAUAAGACGUUUAAAUUUAUCAGCAGCCAGGAAAUAUCUAGGAAUGGCUAUUGGAAUGUGUCCUAAAAGCAAACUUUUUAAAGAAUAUAUUGAACUUGAGCUUCAACUAAGAGAAUUUGAUCGUUGUAGAACUCUUUAUGAAAAAUUUAUAGAAUAUGACCCAUACAAUUGUUAUGCAUGGAUAAAAUAUGCAGAAUUAGAACAUAUGCUUGAAGAUUAUGCACGAGUACGAGCAAUUUUUGAAUUAGCUAUUGAAGAACAACAUAAUCUAGACAUGCCAGAGCUUCUAUGGAAAGCUUAUAUUGAUUUUGAAUUUGAAGAAGGAGAGUACGACAGAACCAGAAUGCUUUAUGAAAGACUUUUAGAGAGAACUCAGCAUGUAAAAGUAUGGAUAAGUUUUGCGCAUUUUGAGUUUUCUGUACCAGAUGAUUUGGGUAAUAAUCCAGAAGAUUCAAAGGAAAGAGCAAGAAAUGUCUUUCAAAGAGCAUAUAAAAGUCUUAAGGAACAGGAUUUAAAAGAAGAACGAGUGAUAUUGCUAGAAGCCUGGAAACAAUUUGAAAUUUCUAAUGGUGAUGAAAAAUCUCUUAAAGCAGUCGAAGAUCAAAUGCCACAAGUAGCUAAAAGUAGACGUAAAUUAGAUGACGGAUCAUAUGAAGAGUAUUAUGACUAUAUCUUCCCUACUGAAGAUAAGAAAAAUUUCAAAUUACUGGCGAUGGCUCAAAAAUGGGCAGCAGAAAACAAAAAAAAACAAAAUACUACAGAAAAACCAACGGAAAAUUAA